UUUCCAGGACCAAGAACCCAUUUUCCCUCUCAACAUCAUGAUGCUUUCCGUGAAACCCCCAGCUCCAGAGCCGCCAUAGCCGAAUCUCACCCUGAGUUGCUCGACCUGGCUUACAAUGGGAGCUUAAUUUUGGUCCAGAUGAAGCGGUUCGGCCCUGUCCCUUAUUGGAACCACCCAUGUUUCUGGUAUAUAUUUCAACUUUAUGAGCAAUUAAGUUUUUCAUGCCCUUCCUUAUUGUCACCUCUCAUACAUGAACGAGACACUUAUCUUGCAUGGUCAUUGAAGCGGAGCAAAGCUGUGAAUAACAGUAAAAACGUUGUGGGUGUCAUUGGAAAAGGCCAUAUGAACGGUGUAAUAUAUGCAUUGUUAUCCGACACAGGAAAUUUGAGGUUUCGAGACCUUGUAGGGAAAGAUUCAUAUGAUGGAGGUUCUAGUGGUUGGAUUGAUGAUCUAAUCAAGAGCUUAGUGAGGGACACAAUCAUUAUGGGCCUUAUAUGAAUUAGUAAAUGGAGGAACAUGAAGCAGGCCCAUUUAGUUUUUCAUCUUUUAUUAUAAUUUCCAAGAUUAAAAAAAUAAAGAGCAAUAGAUAUAAGCUAAGAGAUUUUUGUUGUACCUCGCAUACAGUAGGCGGGCGUGGUUCAUUUUUAUAAAGAAAUAGGAAAAAAGAAGGAAAGAAUGGGAUUGUGUUAGAUUAAUUGAUGUUUUCCAAACAAAUAUUAUGCACAAGUAAAACUUUCCACUGAUUAAAUAUAAAAAUGAAAAUAUUAUGAUUUAUAUUAUUUAUAUAUCACUUUCUAUGA